AUGAAGCACAAAGAAAAGAAGAAGAAUAUCGCAAAGCCAUACCGAAAUUCCGAGAUCCUCAAACCUGCUAUCAUGGAUGGAAUUAAAGAAAGAAGUCAAGCAUUCCUUCGAAAGGUUGAGGACUCAGAGAAUGGAUCCAUUGAUGUUUAUAGAUAUGCGCAUUGUUUUGCAUUAGAUUGUGCCAGCCACUUUCUACUCGGGAAAGCGGGAAUCAAAUCUAUCGAAGAGAAGGCCGGCAUGGAAAUAAUGGAAGAAAUGACGUAUCACUCAAGUCUCAAGAACCAACUUUUGACCCUUUACCUCCAACCCCUCUCCACCCUUUUCCUCUCCCUCUUUCCCCAACGCUCCACUCCUUUAACCAACACAUACAUCCUCUCCUCAUGCAUCCACCUAACCCAAGAACCACACUCUCUUCUCCACGCCCUCCAACACGCUUCUCCCUCCCUAUCAGAAACCCAAAUCGCAGCCGAGAUACUAGACCAUCUAGCUGCUGGUAUCGACACCACCGGCGCCUCUCUCACCUACCUCCUACACACCCUCUCCAUCCCCUCCAACCUCCCCAUCCAAGAAAAACUCCACCUCUCCCUCACCUCCCAUCCCCAGAACAAUUCAACCCCCGAAACCCCAUCAACCCCCUACCUCAACGCCAUCAUCACCGAAACCCUCCGUCUCUACCCCCCAAUCCCCAUGUCCCAACCCCGUCUCACACCAUCAUCCAAGCCCAGAAUCAUCGAUCAAUAUCUCAUCCCCCCAAACUCAACCGUAAGUGUCCAAGCAUGGAGUCUCCACCGGAAUCCCGCAACAUUCGGCGAUGACGCCGAGAUGUUCUAUCCAGAACGAUGGCUUGUGGGUGAAGACAUAGUGAGAGAGAUGGAGAGGGGAUUUUUGGCUUUUGGGAGGGGUGGAAGAGUGUGUACGGGGAAAGAUCUAGCACUAGCAGAAAUGCGUCAUCUCAUACAGAGGAUCUAUACGCAAUACAGAACGAGGAUAAAAGAAGGAUACGAAGCAGAUAUGGAGAUGGAAGAUCAAAUCAUAUCUAGUAGACCGAGGGGUCAGGAGUGUAUGUUGAUUUUUGAGAGGAGAUAG